AUGGCUCAGCAAGGUGCACAUGUGCCGGUUGCAGACAUUGAUGAUGAUCUGCCAGAGCUUGAAGCGGCUGUAGGCCCACAGCUUCCCCAGCCGAUGCCCGGUAAUCCUUUCCCUGCGAGUCCAGCUGCUUCACCUUCCCAAGGUCAGAUAGUGUUAGGCCCUGCCCAGCUAAAUGCUUUGUUUGAACGGUUGGCUGAAGCAACCCGUGCAGCAUCAGAUGCAGCAGCAGCAGCGGCAGCGGCGGCGACGUCCUCUCGGGACGGUCCGCCAACCUUGACUGGCAAGGACAUGUUGCGUGUGUUGCCGAAGCCUGAGGUCUUUGCAGCUAGCACUAGAGAGCAGGAGCACACGUCUUGGCCGGGUUGGUUUUGGAGUUUUCAGCAGUAUCUUUCAGCUCUUGAUCCGGGCUAUGGGCCCGACCUUGAAGCUUUGGAGGCAAACCCUGGUUCAGUGAUAGCAAAGGGCCAGGGCACCAUUGCACAGCAAGCCAGGUCGCGGCAACUGUAUUCGCUUUUGGCUGCACUCAUUCGUGGCAGAGGUUACAUGAUUGUGCGACAGACCGAGAGUGGAAACGGUUUGGAAGCUUUGCGUCAGCUUAUGAGCCUCUUUGCCCCGCGCUCUCAGGGGCGCAGUUUGGGCAUCUUGACAGCGAUCACCCAGGUGCCUUCUUUCAAGCCCUCCGAGGCCUUGCUUCCGCAGAUUCUUGAUUUGGAGCGGGUUUUCACUUCAUAUGAACAGUCAGCUUCAGAGACCCUUCAGGGUAGCGUGAAAACUGCACUUCUUCUGCGAUGUUUGCCUGCCAACACAAAGAAUCAGAUAUAUGCCAGUUUGCCUGAGGAUGCCACUUACACUCAGGUGCGAGAGGCAAGCUUGAGGAUCGAGCGUCAGCAUUUCAAGUGGCAGUCUGUUUCUUACUUUGGGACGGUCCGCGAGGCCACAGCUCAGAGGCAUGAUGAGGCAACGCAGAUGGAAAUUGAUGCCGUGCAGUGGGGCAAACCUAAAGGCAAAGGCGGCAAGAAAGGUCAGGCGAAUGUGCAUCAGGUUGUCAACAAUCCGACUCCGUCGGAAGCUGCAGCAUCCACCGUGGGGCCGUCAGCGUCCCAGGCAGCGUCUCAGGCCACCACAGCAGUGCGUCGCAUUGAGAUUGAUUUGAGUGCAGUUGGCAGUGGCACCGGCAGCGGCAGUGGAGGCAUUCACAUGAUCACCCAGGCGAUGUCCGCGCCGAGACCGGACCAGGUGCUACUCGAGCCAUACCCGAGUGAUGAGGUGCUACUCGAGCCGAACCCGAGUGAGGCGAUGUCCGCGCCCAGACCGGACCCGGUGCUGCUCGAGCCUUACCCGAGCGAGGCGACGUCCGCGCCCGAACCGGACUUGGUGCUACUCGAGCCGUUCCCGAGUGAAUUCAUUGAUCUUGUGCAUGCCACACUCCCUGCCAUGACUGUGCAUGAUUCCCUUGUGCGCAACUUUGAGCCGGCUGCCCCAAUGUAUGACAUGAGCUACAGCGACAGUGACGGGGAAUGGACGUUUGCGAAUGGAUCCUUGAGUGUUGUGACUUUUGCCCCAGAGCAUCAGGUGUGUGCAAUCCAUCAGGACAUCGAGAUUGUGCUUGACAGUGGGGCCGAUCACUCGUGCCUUCCUGCGGCCUUUGGUUCCACCGGGACCUCAGCGCCGCCAUUGCAAGCAACGUUCCGUGAUGCACAGGGGAAUGUGAUUUCUCCUACGUCGGUGCGCAAUGCAAAGCUUGACCUUGGACCCUUGACCAUAACGGAAACCUGGUUGAUAGGCCCCGUGACAACCCCCUUGUUGAGCUUAGGCAAGCUUUACCGCCAAGGGUUUACGGUUGGCCGUGUGAACAAUGAGCUGAAGCUGUUCCGUGAGGGAGAUGAAGCCUUUGGGGUCCCCGUGUUCAUGAAGCACAACUCCCUGUGUGUCAGGGGUAGCAUCAGAGUCAUGCAGAGCGAUGCACCGCAGGCGGGGCAGGCGGGGCAUCCGCCAGCAAGCCCCGGUGAACAACAUGCACAACAAUCGCAAACCAGUUCUGGCGAACCUCAUGCACCACAAUCGCAGACCAGUUCUUGCGAACCUCAUGCACCACAAUCGCAGUCCAGUACACCUCAGGGCGAUUUUCACGUGAAUGCAUUGACAGUGACGUUGCAUGGCCCUUGGUUGUCGCUCAAGGCGCCGUUUGUGCAGAUUGACACAGGUCUGGUGGCAAACAAGUGCACAAGCCUGUGCUACGUUGAUUGCACAUUGGCUUUCCCCAGCCUGCCGAUUGCUUUCAGGACCACAUUGCACAACAGCCCGCGUGGCUGGCUUUUGCAUACGCUGAACGAGGAUCUGUCAACUUUGGAUGAUUUUGAGGUUAGGUUCGAGGCUGCAUUUCCAAGGCCCAAGAUGUAUGAGACCAUCACGAUUGGUUCCACGUACCGGCUUGAUGUUCGUCAGUUGUUCCCUGAGCACUCUGAUCACCCGCUUGUGGCAGUGCCAGUGCCAGAGGAGUCAGACGGUGACCCGUCUCCCGAUGCUGCCAUGGACUUGGAUGUCAACAUUGAUGCAGGUGGCGUUGGCCUGGGUGCCAACGAAGGAGAUGCAGAUGAAGGCGAGUCUCCCGGUGCAGCGGGUAACGCGCCCGGUGAGAAACCUGUUGUCGUUGAUGGCAUUGAGCUGAAUCUUGAUUGCACCCUCGCCACGCUUCGUACUGCUGCACAGAGUCUUGGGAUAGGCAAGUCGGGUGGUAAGGCAACGGUUCUUAAGAGGAUCAGAGAUUUUCUUGCGCGAAAUGAUUUUCUGUGGGCCAACCUCCCGGCCGAUGUGCAGCUGCCUCGCGAGCAAGCGCCAGUGCGAGAGCCAUCCCAGGAUGAAGUGCGCAAGCAUUCGCUGACGCACAUGCCAUUCCAAGCAUGGUGCGCUGAAUGUGUACAGCAUCGCGCCCGUUCUGACAGGCAUGAGAGGCAUCCGAUUGGCGACCGUGAGCAUCCGACAAUUUGUUUUGAUUUUGCUUACACGAGUCGGCCUGAAACCCCUGAACAAAAGCUUGCGUGCUUGGUUGCCUCUUGCAAUUUUACCGGUGCAAAUCAAGCUUGGCCUGUUCCCGCUAAGGGCGGAAAUUUGCAGCUCAGGUACAUGACAUCAGAGCUUACGAGGUGGAUCGCGACCUUAGGCCACAGCGAGGUCACACUGCGCAGUGACCCAGAGCCAGUGUGUUUGUCGUUGCAAAAGCUUGUGCAAGCUCAGCGUCUUCGACUUGGAUUGCGGACCCAUCUUGAGCAGAGUGAGCCUGAUGAUCAUGCGGCCAAUGCGGCCGAACCUGCGGUCGAGACUCUCCGACAGCUGACCAACACGUUGCUUUCAGAGUUUGAGUCGCGUGCAGGUGUCAAGGUGGCAUCUUUAGAUGCAAUGCACGCUUGGGCAUGGCGGCAUGCAAGCUUCAUCCAACAGCGGUUCACGAGAUCGCAAGGCCAGACGCCGUUUGAGCUGGCAUGUGGAAGACCCUACCAGGGCAAGCUUGUGUGCAUAGGUGAGACGGUGUAUGGAAGAGUUAAAAGUGCCGUGAAGGGACAGCCACGUUGGGGUAUAGGUUUGUGGUUGGGAAAACUUGGAUGUAGCGACGGUCACAUAAUCUUCACUGCUUCGGGACAUUUUCUUGCUUGCAGGUCGAUUCGUCGCUUACCGCAGAUGUACUUGAGGAGUGCUGAUUUUACAAAGCGCCUGCGUGACCAUCCUUACUCCCAGGCUGCUUUCCUUGCGGGCCAAGUUGGACAGUGCCGGCCGCAGAAGUCACAUGAUGCACAUCCAACACCCCAAGAGCCACAGCCAGAUGAAAAUGCCCCGGCCGGUGCGGACCCACUUCCGUAUCCCGGCUAUGUUCUUCCUGACAGUGCACCGUUGAGUGAGCUUGUGCCACCGCCAGCCAUCAGAAGUGAUUUUGUGCCAGAGCCGCCGACACCCAUGCAAGAGGACACUGGUCCCGUUACGCCAAUGCCAGCAGCGCCUUCAGAUGCAGAGGUUGUGAGUUCGCCUCUGGCUGUAGUGCCGGACGCUGAAGUGCGAGCCGAGGCACCAAAUGCCACGGGAUCGUCCGAUCCUGCUUCUUCGUCUGAGCCAGCGGCUGUUCGUGUGCCCACCAGGGCUGCUGAGCCGAGUGCAGACGAGCCACGCAAACGGCUUCGUCUUGAUGCUGUGACGUUUGAAGGUGUCGACAUGUACCACAACCACGAGGAGAAUGAUUUUGAAUUUGAGGGUGAAAUUUUAGAGGAUUUUGAUUAUGCCGCGGAGGCCGAUGGGGCCCAUGAUGACACGCGGCCGGAGUCAAGCAUUCCUGAGUGCUUGUUGAUCCCUUGGAGUGAGCAUGAGCCAGAGCUGAGCGCUGAGCAGCUUGCACAUGUAGAUGCAGUUGCAAUGCAGUUUGAGGUUGAACGUCUCCUCGGGAUCCCUGCUCUUGAGCGUUGUGCACAGAUCCUGCCAGAGCACAAGCACUUGACCACCCGUUUUGUGGUAACAUGGCGAUGCAAGACCAUUGCAGGUUGCACAUACUGGCUUCGGCGAGCCAGGCUUGUGGCACGUGAUUUUGCAUUUUUGUGCCCAGGCCGUACCGAUCUGUUUUCCCCUGCGUCGAAUGCUUUGCAAAGCAAGAUCAUCCCGUGUGUCUUCAUUGACAACUACCAUAAGGGUUGGCAACUGGUAUCACUAGAUGUUACGGAUGCUUACUUGAAUUGCCCGCAGGCGGAGAACACAUGCACAAGUGUCACGAUCAAUGGCGAACGCUUGUAUUUCAAGCUUCUCAGGCUCCUUCCGGGCCAGCGUGAAGGGAGCCAAACCUGGUUCUAUCAGUUUACCGAUGCCUUGAAAGCGGGAAGCCGCGUGGAGCUGAUGCAGGAGGUGCCAUCGCUUUUCCGGUUCCAGCCGAGUGACGGCGGAGGCGGGGGACUUGUGCACGUCGAUGAUUUGCUUGGCACAGGACCUGCAAGUGUGAUCAAGUGCAUGACCGAUCAUCUUGAAAGGGACUACAAAGUGACUGUGAAUUUGAUUUCGGUGCCAGGCCAAGAGGUUCAUUUUCUUAAGAAGCGGCAUUAUCUUUUGUCGAGCACAGAGUUGCUGAUUGAGGUGAGCCCAAAACACUUGGAAAAGUUGAAAUCUUUGUGCGGCCAUCCCAAGCACCGAAAAUCACCUCUCCCGUCCGGGCGGUUGCCCACGGAGAAGGAGGACGAUGCACCAUUGUCCCAGGAUCAGGCAUUUCGCUUUCGAUCAGCCGUUGGAGUGUUGCUUUACCUGCAGUCAGACCUCCCGCAUGCUAUGCACAGCAUCCGCCACUUGUCAGGCUUUAUGUCGUCCCCGACCGUUGGAGCAUGGGCAAUCCUACGGCAUUUGGUCGGUUACUUGAGUGCCACUGAGGGGUACUGUGCAUGCCUUACGGCCGGAGGCAUCGGACACGGUGUGCAAGUGCAUCGCCCAGGGAUCAACGUCAUCGAGACGUUCAGUGAUGCUGACUGGGGUGGAUGCCGAUCCACCCGAUUGCUGGAGGUGCUGCCGGCACCCACGCGAACCAAUGUCGCGGACAUUGGCACGAAGCUUCUUGGAGUGCAGCGGACAGAGUUCUUGCUUGGCUUGAUUGGGUUUAAGGAUUCCCGAAACGGUUAUGCAAGGGUUGGAGAUGCAAUCUUGAAUGCUGAGCAGAAUGUCCAUGCAAUUCGCAGUGUGUGCAAGGAUCUGACAAAGAUUGCGAAAGGCGAUGCCACAGCCAAUACCGCCCGCAUCCUUAGUGUUAUCUUGAUUGCCAUGCAGGCAACAGGAACCUUGGGUGCAGAAGACGAAAACAAUGCCAAUGAUGACGACGACGCGACUUUGAGCUUUCUUGAUAGCAUUCUUGAAACCUUUGUGCGAAUCGUCGGCUAUGCAUCUGCAGUGUAUGAAGCAUACCCUUCGACGUGUGUUGCGGUGUGCCAGUGCUUUGCAAUCAUUGCAUUCUUGAUGUGCGCAUUCAUGUGUUGUGACCGUCGUGUCACAGGUCCGGAAACAUCCGUUCAGGUGCGCAUUGGAUCCGAGAUUGCAGUUGAUGUGAAGGCGAGUCACAUUGCAGAGCCAAAGGCCAAAUCUGUUGUGCCAGUUCGCGGUGCACGUGCCAAGAGCACGAGCAAACCAACGUUUGAUGAUGCAGAUGAGCGAGCCCAGAGUCCCGGGGCACUUGAGUCACAUGGGUCAAAGGGUAACAUGCCAGGAUCGUCGACAGAUCGCCCAGUGCGGUCCAGCAGCGAGGCCAGUGAGAGGAUCCCGUAUGCGCGCCCGGUGCCGCGGAGGAGGAAUCCCCAGGGGCAUACUGCCGAUGGCGUGUGGAUCUCGACAAGUCAGGGCUAUGCUUACCAUAAGGCCACAUGUGGCAAGUUGAACCAGUCGCAAGGCGUCACCGAGGUGUCACGUGCAGUUGCAGUCGAGCGCGGGUACCGCGCAUGCCGCAUGUGCAAACCUUGA